GCCGGAACAGGUUUCAUCGCUACCAGUGGCUAAAGCUGUGCCGCCUGCACCCCACCUCCGCCUGGCCUGGCACUGUGUCGAAGCCCCCCGAUUGGUGUGCCCCACGACAUUUGGGGGGAAAGUGGUAAGUCGGGCAGGGCACCUCCACGCCCAGUCGCUGCGGCACAGCGCUUGGUGGUGCUUGGGUUCUGUCCACUCCAGUUCCCAGCCAUCCUGUAGCCUGCGCGCAAGCAAGCAUGAAGCCGUCCUGGGUACGGCUGUGCACGGCCGCCACCCUGCUGGCGGCGGGAGUGGUGGUGGCCCGGCCUGAGCUUCCCGCCUCGCCGCCCUACCAUUACCACGCCGACCACCAGCACCCCGGCCACGACGACUCCACCGAGCCAGAACACGACCACGACACCUCUGCGGGACACGUGGCGUCCUCAGAGGCGUCCUUUGAGUACUCGCUGAGCCCCUUCGAGAAUUUUUUUGAGCCACCCGGAGGAGUAGACGAAAGAGGAGGUGCAGGAGGAGGAAUAUCGAAGUUGGAGAGAGUACCUAAUUUAUCCCACCAAGUGCCUUCCUUUUUCGCCUCCUCACGCAAUCAAGGGCGAUUCAAGGGCAACAAGGGAUCUGGAAGCAAAAGACCGUCAAUUAAGUCUUAUGACAGAGCAGAUGCCUUCAUACAAACUCCAGAAGGCGACUUUAAAGAGAAUGAAGGUGCUUCCUCCCCUGAAGAAACUGAUCCCUUUUCGAGGUACUACAACAAGCUCCCCUUCUCGAGAGAGGCUGAUGGAGACGAGGAGGAGGAGGAGGAGGAGGAAAAUGAGGAAGCGGCGGCAACGUUCUCAGACUUCUCCACUACGCCUCCCUCAAGACGCCGCGGUCCUCAGGUGAAGCAGAAGGACAAGGAUGAAGGAUUUGAUUUCAGCAGCUUCGGGUCGUCUGAUCGCGGCGAGAAAGACGAAGAAGAGGAUAAGAAUGAAAAAGGGCAGGAAGGUGACGAUGAAGAGGAGGAAAAAGAGGAAGACGAUGAAGAAAAUAACGAUCCCUUUUCAAAAUACUUCAAUAGGUUUCCUUUUGCAACAGAAGGCGACUCUGAGGAAAACUCAUACACCAGUUCUUUCCCUCCUCUGAGGCUGCAGGAGUCAAGGAAGACAGAGGAAGAAAGGAAAGCGAAGGAAAGGAGCCAGCUAGUUCCCAACCAAGGCCCCAAGGAGGGUGAGGCCCUGGACCUGCGUGGCUGGACGGAGGAGGAGGAGGAGCACCACGUGACCUCCUUGCUGGACUUCUUCAAGAUACCGACUGCGACAACGGGAAGGAAAACUGUGCAGGAGGUGAAGGAAGAUGAGGAAGAAAACGAUGGCGAAGAUGAGGAGGGGGAAGAAGAGGGCGACGAAGAGGAAGGCGAAGAAGAGGAAGGUGGAGAAGAAGAAGAAGAGGAAGAUGAGGAUGACGAUGACGAAGAAGAUGAAGAUGACGAAGAAUCAGAUGAAGACUCCUCCUCUUCCUCAGAAGAAGACGAUGGCCCUUUCUCGAGAUACUACAACAAGUCUCCGUUCUCCAACAAAAAAGACUCGGAGGAAGAAGAGGCGGCAAGCUUUUCCUCCGACUUCCGCGCACUCAAAGAAGGCGAGGCUCUGGACCUGCGGGGGUGGGUGAAGGAGGAGGAGGAGCGACACGAGACCUCCCUCCUAGACUUCUUCAGGAUUCCCUCAACAACACAGAAGAGCAAAGUGGAAGAAGACAAAGGAGAAGAAGGAGAAGACGAAGAGGAAGGAGAAGAAGGUGAAGAUGAAAAAGAAAAAGAAGGUGAAGGAGAGGAUGAAAAUGAGGAAGACGAAGGCGAAGGUGAGGAAGAAGGAGAAGAAGAAGAAGAAGAAAAGGAAGACGAGGACAAUGAGGAAGACGAAGGCGAAGGUGAGGAAGAAGGAGAAGAAGAAGAAGAAGAAGAGGAAGACGAGGACAAUGAGGAAGAAGACGAAGAAGAAGAAGAAGAGUCUGACGAAGAGGAUGAAGAUGAAGAUUCUGAUUCUGAUUCAUCGUCUUCAGAGGAACAUAACUUCUUCUCUUUCUUUGGCGAAGUAACUGAGGAGGAAAGAGAGAGAGGAAACUCCUUCCCGAUUCUCUCCUACCUUCCUCCUGUAAACGAGCAUCAGGAUCCCCAAGAGGUGGGCAGAAAUAAAGGACUCGACUUCAACUUCUUCGGUUUGUCCCUUCCAAAAGCCAGUGACGAGGAGAAGGAUGAGGAAAAUAAGGAAGGGGCAGAAGACGAAGAAGAAGGAGAAGGAGAAGAAGGAGAAAAAGAAGAAGAAGAAGAAGAAGAAGAAGAAGGAAAAGGAGAAGGAGAAGAAGAAGAAGGAGAGGAAGAAGGAGAGGAGGAAGAAGAAGAAGAAGGAGGAGAAGAAGAAGGAGAGGAAGAAGAAGAAGAAGAAGAAGAAGAAGAAGAGGAAGAUCAGCAACUCUCCUUACUGGACUUCUUCAAGAUACCGACGGCCACACAGAGGAGCAAAGUGGGGAAGAAAGAGGAGGAAGAGGAGGAGGAGAAGGGAGAAGAGGGAGAGGAGGAAGGAGAGGAAAAUGAAGAGGAUAAGGAAGAGGAGGAGGAGGAAGGGGAAGAUGAGGAUGAAGAAGAGGAGGAGGAUGAAGAUGACGAAGAAGAUGAAGAUGAUGAUGAGGAGGAGGAUUCUUCGUCUUCUUCAGAGGAGGACGAUGACUUUUCCAAAUACUUCAACCGGUUCCCAUUCUCGAGAAAAACAUCAGAGGAGAAAGAGGAGAAGGAGAAGGAAGAGGAGGAGAAGGAGGACGAGGAGAAGCACCCCACUACCUCAAUUACCAGAGGCUUCAUUCCCUCCAUGUCCUUCGACGACUUCAUGUCUAAGGACCCAGCGCCCUCCCCAACACCCUCCCCUCGCUUCCCUACCUUCGCCACUCCCCGCCCAGCCACCUCCACACCCGCACCUCCACAAAGAACCACCAAAGUCCCGUCCUUCCAAAAACCUGUCCUGAGCACUGUGAAACCUUGGUGGCUGACUGACUCCAGUGACGAGGAGAAGGCGAAAGAGGAGGAAGAAGAGGAAGAGGAGGAUAGAAGUGUGCAGGGAACCCGUCAGCCCGCGUCCCGAUAUCACUCACCGUACGCGUCAAGGUCUGGCAGCGGUGAGGGCGGCGGCACGCGCGGCGCAGGGGACCCCAGCCACUUCUGGAUGACCUCGCUGGAAAUCUUCGACCCCUUCUCGCAUUUUGAGAUCACCGACCACAACGACGUGCACCCCUUCAACAACGACGUGUUCCACAUGCUGUUCGGCAAGCCCCGCGGCCUCUCCAAGGAGGACGUGGAGAAAGUGCCGCCCUUCAGUAACUCGGCCUUCAGCAGCUCCCCCUUCAACAGCCUGAGGAACGCGGCGAAGUUCGGCGGAGAGUCAGAGAGCGAGGAGGACUUCUACAGGCUGCCGGUAAUGCUGAGGAAGGAGGAGGAUGAGAGCAAGUCCUCCGAGAGUCAAAAUGAAGAGCCGCGUCCCGUGUUUGUGUACGAGGUGCUGAAUGAGGAAGGACAUGGGGUGAACGAAGACAGCGAUGAGGAGGAGUACACCCCCACCUUCCCCUUCUUCGGGUUUUCGAAGAAGAACAAGAAUGAUGAUGAGGAGGAUGACUUCACGCUUCCUCUACACAGCGUCUUCAAAUUCCCGGCGCAGGAGAGGCAGCGGCCAGGGAGCACCAGGCUGAAGGACGCCGGCCCUGACAGAUCGCACCCACGCUCACGCACACACGACCGGAAGCUUGAGGAGGAAGACGAAGGAGAGGAGGGAGAGGCUGAGGACGAAGAGCAGGAUGAAGGAGAUGAAGAGGAGGAACAUGAAGGGAAAGAGGAAGAGGAGGAAGAUAAGGAAGAUGAAGAUGCUGAAGAAGAAGAGGAAGAUGAGGAAGAUAAUGAGGAAGAAGAGGAAGACGAAGAGUCAGAAGGAGAAGAGGAGUCAGAAGAGGGCUCCUCCUCCUCAGAAGAAAAGAGUCCAUUCUCGUGGUUCUUCAACAGGUCUCCCUCCAGAAAGCAAGAGUCUGCUGAGGAGGAGAAGGAGGAGGAGGAGGAGGAGGACUCUUCAAAGAAAAAUGAAUUCUUCGGUCGUUUCUUCGGCAGGCAACGGGCGGAAAAGGAAGAACAGGAAGAGCAGGAAGAAAAGCGGCGAUUGAGUGUGUUCCCCCGCUACCGUCACCGCCGCCCCUCCCUGGCACGCCCCGACGUUCGAGAGGACAAGGACGAGGGAUACGAGUCAGGGGGUGAGGGCUCCCCACUGUCCGGGGACGAGGAAGAGGAGGGGGAUGGAGAAGGAGAGGAUGAAGAAAUGGAAGAUGAGGAAGAAGGGAAGGAGGAGGAAGAGGAGGAAGAAGGGAAAGAGGAGGAGGGGGAGGAGGAGGAGGAGGAAGAAGAGGAGGAAGGGGAGGAGGAGGAGGAGGAGGAGGAGGAGGAGGAGGAGGAGGAGGAGGAGGAAAGAGAAGCAGAAGAUGGUGAAGAGGAAGAUGAUGACGAAGAUGAAAAUGAUUCUUCAGAAGAAGACUCCUCUUCAGAAGAGGAAUCUUCUGAAGAAGAUUCGGAAAAAGAGGAGGAUUCAGAAGAGGAUGAGGAAGAGGAUGAGGAAGAGGAUGAGGAAAAAGAGGGAGAAGAGGGAGGAGAAGAAGAAGAAGAAGAAGAAGAAGAAGAAGAUGGUGAUGAAGAUGAUGAUGAUGAUGAAGAUGACGAAGAGGAAGAAGAUUCUUCGGAGGAAGAUUCCUCUUCAGAGGAAGAUUCGGAGGAAGAGGAAGAUUCAGAAGAGGAUGAGGAAGAAGAAGAAGAAGAAGAAGAAGAAGAAGAAGAAGAAGAAGAAGAAGGAAAAGAAGAAGAAGAAGAAGAAGAAGAAGAAGAAGAAGAAGAAGAAGAAGAAGAAGGAGAAGAAGAAGAAGAAGAAGAAGAAGAAGAGGAAGGUCAUGUUAAUGAAAAUGAUGAAGAAGAGGACGGGGAGGACGAAGAAGAAGAGAAAGAAGGAAAAGAAGAGGAAGAGGAGAAGGAGAAGGAGGAGGAGGAGGAGGAAGGAAAGGAAGAGGAAGAGAAAGAAGAGGAAGACGAGGAGGAGAAAAAGAUGGGAGAAGAGGAGGAGGAGGAGGAGGAGGAGGAGGAGGGAGAAGAAGAAAAUGAGAAAGAGAAGGAGGGAGAUGAAGAAGAGGAAGAAGGCAAGGACGAGAAAGAGGAAGAGGAAGAGGAAGGAGAGGAAGAGGAGAAGUCGGGACCGUCAGUUGCCGGCAUUAUGGAGAGAGGCAAGAAGACACGAAGACCUUCCCUACACACGUUCCUCAAAGUGCCUUCAUCUAACCACUGGAGUCUUUUCCUCGGCAGCGACUGGAAGGAGGGCGAGGGCGAGGAGGAGGAAGAGGUGGGUGAGGAAGGUGAAGUCGAGGAAGAGGAGGAAGAGGAGGGUGAAGAGGGCGAAGAAGAGGAGGAAGAGGAGGGUGAGGAGGAAAUGGAAGAUGGCGAGGAAAAAGAUAACGAAGAGGAAGAACAAGAGGAGGGUGAGGAAGGAGGAGACGAAAAGGAAGAGGGAGAAGAUAACGAGGAGGGAGAAGAAGAGGAAAAUGAGGAGGGAGGAGAAGAAAAGGAAGAGGAAGAACAGGAGGAAGGUGAAGAGGAAGGAGAUGGAGAGGAAGAGGAAGAACAAGAGGAAGGUGAGGAAGGAGAAGAACAAGAGGAAGAUGAAGGAGGUGACGGAAAGGAAGAAGAACAAGAAGAUGAGAAAGAAGGAGACGAAAAGGAAGAGGGAGAGGGAGAAGGAGAACAAGAGGAAGAGGAGGAAGGAGAAGAGAAGGAAGAAGGAGAAAAGGAAGAGGAAGAAGAGGAGGGAGACGAAAAAGAAGAAGAAGAGGGCAAGAAAGAGAAUUGGAAAGGAAAGUUACAUAAGAAGAAGGAGGAAGAUGAAAGAGAGGAAGGUGAGGAAGAGAACUGGGAAGGAAAGGGACAUAAGGAUGGAAAAGAAGACGAAAAGGAAGAGGAAGAAGAAGAGGGAGGAGACGGAAAGGAAGAGGAAGAGGGAGAGGGAGAAGAAGAGGAAGAGGGAGAAGAAGAGAGAGAAGGAGAAGAAGAGGAGGAAGAAGAGCAAGGAGACGGAAAGGAAGAGGAAGAGGGAGAAGAGGAACAAGAGGAGGAAGAAGAGGGAGGAGAUGGAAAGGAAGAGGAAGAGGGAGAAGGAGAACAAGAGGAAGAGGAAGAAGAAGAGGGAGAGGGAGAAAAAGAGGAAGAAGGAGAAGAAAAUGAAGAUGAAGAGGGAGAAGAAAAAGAGGAAGAAGAAAAAGGAGAUAAAGAAGGAGAAGGAGAAGGAGAACAAGAGGAAGAAGGAGAAGAAAAGGAAGAAGAGGGAGAAGAAGAAGAAGAGGAAGAAGAAGAGGAAGGAGAAGAAAAGGAAGAUGAAGAGGGAGAAGAACAAGAGGAAGAAGAUGGAGAGGAAAAAGAUGAAGAAGAAAACGAAGACGAAGAAAAUGAUGAAGAGGAAAAAGAAGAGAAUGAAGUUAUAGAGGAAGAGGAAGAGGAGGAGGAGGAGGAGGAGGAGCAUAUGGGUUUCUCCUUGCUGGACUUCUUUAAGAUACCGACGGGAAGGAAGAGCAAGACGGAAGGAGGUAAGAAGGAAGAAGAGGAAGAUGAGAAGGAAGAGGAGGAAGAUAAGGGAAUGAAGGAGGAAGAGGAGGAGGAGGAGGAAGGAGAAGAAGAGGAUGAAGGUGAAGGGAAUGAAGACGAUGAAGAUCAAGAAGAAGGGGAAGACGAUGAAGAAGAGGGCGAAGAAGAUGAUGAAGAGGAGGAAGAUGAUGAAGAAGAGGAAGAUGAUGAAGAAGAGGAAGAAGAUGAAGAGGAGGAAGACGACGAUGACGAAGAGGAGGAAGAUUCUUCAGAAGAUUCCUCAUCAGAAGAAGAUUCGUCCUCAGAGGAAGAGGACUCGGAAGAAGAAGAGGAUGACGAUGAUGAAGAGGAAGAGGGAGAAGAAGAGGAGGAUGAAGAGGAAGAGGGAGAAGAAAAGGAGGAUGAAGAGGAAGAGGGAGAAGAAGAGGAGGAUGAGGAGGAGGAAGAAGAUGAAGACGAAGAGGAAGAAUCAGAAGAGGAAGACGAGUCAGACGAGGACGAUUCUUCUUCUUCUUCUUCUUCAGAGGAGGAGGAGGAGAAGAAUGAUCCCUUCGCAUGGUUCUUCAACAGAAAACGACAACAACAGGCUGCUGAAGAAGACAAAGAAGAGGAAGAAGAAGAAGGGGACUCAUCAUCUUCAGAGGAGGUCGACUUGUUCCAGCGUUUCUUCGGCAGGCGGAGGUCAGAGGAAGAGAAGGAGGAGGAGGAAGAUGAGAAGGAUGAUAAGAAAGGACUCGUGUUCCCUGGAUAUUCCUACCGUCCUCCUGCCUCCGGGGCGUGGAAUCCUACAGAGACACAAGACCAGAAAGGAUUCACUCCCGCAGGCGACGACGAAGGUGAUGAAGAUGAAGAGGACGAGGAAGGCGAGGAAAAGGAGAUGGAAGAAGAGGGAGAGGACGAGGAGGAGGAUAAGGAAGGAGAGGAGGAUAAUGAAGACGAGGAUAAUAGAGAAAAGGAUGGCGAGGAACAAGAAAAGGAAGAGAAUGAAGAGGAUGAGGAAGGUGAUGAAGAGGAUGGACAAAGAGAAGAGGAAGAGGAAGGAGAGGAAGAAGGCGAAGGUGAAGAAGAGGAAGAAGAAGAAGGCGAAGGAGAGGAAGAAGGCGAAGAUGGCAAAGAAGAGGAAGACGAAGAAGAGGAAAAAGAAGGUGAAGAAGAUGAAGAAGGAGGAGAGGAAGAGGAAGAAGAAAGCGAAGGCAAAGAAGGAGGAGAUGAAAAGGAAGAAGAAGGCGAGGAAGGCGAAGAAGAUGAAGAAGAAGAGGAAGAAGAAGAGGGCGAAGAAAAAGGCGAAGAAGGUGAAGAAGGAGAAAAGGAAGAGGAAGAAGAAGGCGAGGAAGGCAAAGAAGGUAAAGAAGAAGACGAAGAAGAAGGCGAAGAAGAAGAAAGCGAAGGAGAUGAAGAAGGAGAGGAAGAGGAGGAAGAAGGUGGAGAAGGUGAUGGAGAAGAAGAAGAAGAAGAAGAAGAAGAAGAAGAAGAAGGCAAAGAAGGUGAAGAAGGAGAAGACGAGGAAGACGGUGAAGAAGAAGGCGAAGAAGACGAAGAAGGAGGAGAGGAAGAGGAAGGAGAAGAAGAAAAAGGUGAAGAGGAGGGAAAGGAAGAGGAAGAAGAAGGUGAAGAAGAAGGCGAAGAAGAUGAAGAAGAAGAAGAAGACGAGGACGAAGAAGGUGACGACGAAGAAGAAGACGAAGAUGACGAGGAUGAAGAAUCUGAAGAGGAGGAGGAGGAGGAGGAGGAAUCAGACGAGGACUCAUCAGAAGAAGGAUCAUCAUCAUCAUCAUCUGAGGAGGAUGACAAAGGACUCGUGUUCCCUGGCUACUCCUACCGCCCUCCUGCCUCUGGGGCCUGGAAUCCUACGCCCACACAGGACCAGAAGGGCUUGUCUCACGCAGGCGACGACGAGGGCGAGGAAGGCGAAGAGGAGGAAGAGGAGGAGGAAGAAGAAGAGGAGCGUCAGGAAUUAUCUUUGCUGGACUUCUUCAGGUUACCAACACAGAGGAGGAAAGGGAAGGAAAGUGUAAAAGAGAGGGAAGGGGAGGAAGAGGAAGAGGAAGAGGGAGAAGAGGAAGGGGAGGAAGAACAGGAGGGAGAGGAAGGCGAGGAGGAUGAGAAGGAUGGCGAGGAAGGAGAAAACGAAGAGGAAGGUGAAGAUAAGGACGAAAACGAAGAUGAAGAGGAGGAAGAAGAGGACGAAGAGGAAGACGAGGAUGAAGAAGACGAAGACGAAGAUGAAGAUGAAGAGGAAGAUUCUUCGUCACUGGAAGAAAGUUCAUCCUCAGAAGAAGACUCUUCAUCAGAGGAGGACUCGGAGGAGGAUUCAGAAGAAGACGAAGAUGAAGAUGAAGACGACGAAGAGGAUGAGGAGGAGGAAGAAGAAGAAGAAGGGGAUGAGGAGGAAGAAGAAGAAGAAGAAGAAGAAGAAGAAGAAGGGAAGGAGGAGGAAGAAAAAGAAGGGGAGGAGGGCGAGGAAGAAGAAAAAGAAGGAGAAGAAGAAGAAGAAGAAGGGGAGGAGGGGAAGGAGGAGGAGGAGGAAGAGAGCCACGGGGAAGAGGUUGAGGGUUCAGAAAAGAUGGACCACCCGAGACUCUCAUUAUUGGACCUCUUCAAGAUGCCAAUGGCCGACACCAGAGCCAGGGGGGAGGAAGGUAAGGGGGGAGAGGAGGACGAGGAUGAACAGGGAGAAGGUGACGAGAAGGAGGAAGAGGAGGAAGGGGACGGAGAAGAGGGUGAUGGUAAAGGUGAUGAAGAGGAAAAGGAAGAAGAGGACCACGAAGAUGAGGAGGACGAGGAGGAAGGUAAACAAAAGGAAGGAGAAGAGGAGGAAGGUGAAGGGGAAGAGGAGAAGGAGGAAGAGGAUAAUGAAGAAGAGGAAGAGGAAAAGGAUGAAGAUGAGGGAGAAGAGGAAGAAGAAGAGGAAGGUGGUGAUGGAGACAAUGAAGAUGAAGAAGAGAAAGACGGUGAUGAAGGCGAAGAAGAGGAAGACGGUGAUGAAGACGAAGAAGAGGAAGAAGAGGAAGACGGUGAUGAAGACGAAGAAGAGGAAGAAGAGGAAGACGGUGAUGAAGACGAAGAAGAGGAAGAAGAGGAAGACGGUGAUGAAGACGAAGAAGAUUCAGAUGAGGAAGAGGACUCAGACGAAGACUCCUCCUCAGAAGAAGGCUCGUCAUCCUCAGAGGAAGAUGAUCUCCUCUUUAACUUCUUCGGCAAACGAGAAUCUGAUGAAGAAGAGAAGAAGGAAGGAAGCCUAUUUUCAGGCUACUCCUACAAGCCCCCUGCGUCAGGAGCGUGGGACCCAGCAGGAGGUAUUAAAGAGAGUGAGGAAGAGGACGGUAAACUCGAGGAAAUGGAAGAAAGCGAUGAUGAAGCGGAGGAAGAUGAAGAGGAGGACGGGAGUCACAGGCUGUCCUUACUCGACUUCUUCAAGAUACCUGUGCAGAGGAAAAAGAUGGUGGAUGGCCUGGGGGGGAAAGGAGAACAGGAGGAAGAAGAAAAAAAAGUGGAAGAUCAAGAAGAUAUUGAGGAAGACGAUGGUGAGGAAAAGGAAAGAGAGGAGGAGGAGGAGGAGGAGGAGGAAGACGAGGAGAAAGAGGAGGACGAGGAGGACGAGGAAGAGGAGGAGGAGGAGGAUGAGGAGGAGGAGGAGGAAGAGGACGAGGAAGAAGAGGAAGAAGAAGAUGAUGAAGAUAGUGAUGAGGAAGAGGGAGAAGAUUCUUCUUCAGAAGAGGACUCUUCAGAAGAAGAUUCUUCGGAAGAAGACGAAGACGAUGACGACGACGAAGAUGAUGAUGAUGAUGAAGAAGAGGAAGAAGAAGAAGAAGAAGAAGAAGAAGAAGAAGAAGAAGAUGAAGAAGAAGAAGAAGAAGAAGAAGGGAAAGGAGAAGAAGAAGAAGAAGAAGGGGAAGGAGAAGAAGAAGGAGAAAAAGGAGAAGAAGAAGAAGAGGGAGAAGAAGAAGAAGGUGCAGGAGAAGAAGAGGAAGAGGAAGAAGAAGAAGGAGAGGAGGAGGAGAAGAAGGACGAGGAGGAGGCGGAGGAGGAGGAGGAGGAGGAGGAGGAGGAGGAGGAGGACUCCACUUCGCUGGCAGGAUCAUCCCGCGCAAGACCAACCGAGCGACCCAACAUUCGUUUCCUGGACUUCUUCAAGAUCCCGGGCACCAAGCAGUCCAGGGGCAAGGAACUGAGAGAGAAGGAGGAGGAAGAGGCAGAAGAGGGAGAGGAUGAAGAGGCGGAAGAGGGAGAGGAUGAGGAGGCAGAAGAGGGAGAAGAUGAGGAGGCAGAAGAGGGGGAGGAUAAGGAGGCGGAAGGAGAGGGUGAGGCCGAAGAGGGCGAAGAGGAGGAGGAGGAGGAGGAGGACAAAGAGAAGAAGGAAGAAGAAGAAGAAGAAGAAGAAGAAGGAGAAGAAGAAGAAGAAGAAGAAGAAGAAGAAGGAGAAGAAGAAGAAGAAGAAGAAGAAGGAGAAGAAGAAGAAGAAGAAGAAGAAGAAGGAGAAGAAGAAGAAGAAGAAGAAGAAGAAGAAGAAGAAGAAGAAGAAGAAGAAGAUGAUGAUGACGAUGAUGAAGAGGACAGUGACGAGGACAGCGACGAGAGACCCAGAGUACCUCACCACCCUCUCUUCAUCGUCCUGAGGGGUCAUCCACGCAGGCCGCCUUCACCCACUCCCCUGACCCACGAGCACGAUGAGGAUGAGGGUUACGAAGGAGGGGACGACAAGAGCGACGAAGAAGAGGACGACGAAAUGGUUCUCUUCCUUCCAUUCAUCACGGAGAAUGAGGACGAUGAGAAGCUGAUAGGACACAUCAAAAUACCGUCUUCCUUUAUCCCGGACUUAACGAGGUUGGAGGAUCUUCAGCCCAGGAGCCUUACUGACACUCUGAAGGGCUUCGUGAGUGACCUCGACGCUCCGCAGAGUGACAGGUUUGUGAGCCUCCUCUCCCAGCACGUAGAGAACUUAGGCGACGAGUACGGGGACAGCAGCAGCAGUAGCGAGGAGUCAGAUGAAGAUGAUGAAGAGGACGAUGAUGAGGAGGACGAAGAAGAGGAGGACGAUGGUGACGGUGGUGAGGAAGAGGAUGAAAUGGAAGAAAAUGAAGAUGGAGUAACGAGAUACUUCAAGAGAAAGGAUAUGCCCCCUCUAGUCAUUCGAAGGUUCCCGCGACUUCGUUCACGAGGCAAGAUUAUACUCCGUCGCCCCCUCCCGCCGGGCACGCCCAAGACCACGGACGGCGAGGAGUCCAAACCCUCCUUUAUCUCCCUCGUGCAGAGAAGGCCGACAGCAAAGCCCUCCUCUGCCAGGACAGCCCCUCAGGUCAUAAGGAACCAGGAACAAGUCAGCAACGCUAUAUCCCCUGUGGUGACAAGAAGCCGCUCUCCCCCAGCUGACCCUGUAUCCCCUGUGGUGACAAGGAACCGCUCGCCCACCGCUAACUCUGUAUUCCCAGGGGUAGCAAGAAACCGACAGUCCCCAUCUGAUGUAACAUACUCAGUGGUAACAAGAAGUCAGUCCCACACUGACAGAAGAUCCUCCUCGGUAACAGAAAACCCCUCUCCCACUGACGCAAAAUCCAGAGGUGUAACAAGAAGCCAUUCUCCCGCCGACAGAAGCCCCCCAGUGUCAACAAGAAGCCAUCCACCCCCAAUUGAUAGGAAAUCGUCAGUGUCAACAAGAGGCCACUCGCUCCCGGUAGAGAGGAAAUCCCCAGUGGUAACAAGAAAUCACCCUUCCCCCGUGGACAGGACACACCCGGGGGUCACCGGAAACCAGCCGGCCUUUGGUGACAAAAUAUCCCCGGCGGUGUCACGAAACCAGUCUCCCCCCGCCAGCAGGACAAGCCCCGUGGCAUCGAGGAAGCUGCCGCCCCUUGAUCUGUACAACGUAAGGAGCUCAGCCGCGAGGUCCCUUGCAAACGAGAAGUCAUCGACGUUCCCACACACAGCCACGUCUGCUUCUACAACGUGAUAAUGGAUCUAUUUAUGUAUUUAACUUAUUUAUUGGUGUGGAGGGAGGUGACGAAAUGAAUACUGCGUGAAAACAUAAAACUUGCGUAAAUGUAUUGUGUACGUAUUGAAGUGUGUAUGUUUUUCUUGUUGGUUUCUAGAUAUUAUCCCGUAGAGCAAGACAACUGGCCUGGAUAACAAGCUUGCUAAGUCGCUGUAUCGCAUUGCGUGGUCAGAGGGAGUAAAACACUGAUAUGCACAUUCCAUGCGAAAUAUUUUUAUGCAGAGAUUAUGUCAUCUAUAUAUUUUUUCAUAUUUGGGUAAUUCUCUCUCUCUCUCUCUCUCUCUCUCUCUCUCUCUCUCUCUCUCUCUCUUUCUCUCUCUCUCUCUUAGGGUUUUCAUGAUGUUUGUGCUGUACUGUAUUUUGUGUAUUUGCGUUUACAUUGAAAUAUGUAUAUAAUUUUAAUUAAAGAAAUAUAAAAAUA